UACGCGGUAACCACGGUCCAGUUCGUUUAACCGGAACGUCAAAAGUGAUAACACUAUCGUCAUAUCACUGUUUCACAACAAGGAGCAAUUGAAAAGCAAAAAUAAUUUACUACUUUCGACUAACGACGAGUUUUUUACCAGCUUGUAAGUUAUCGACAGAAAUGAACGGCUCAGCUUUGGUGAGGUCAAAUCUGGUGGCCAAAGGUCAUGGCGGAGCUAUAGGACUACAGAGUUUGGCUUUUAAAAAUGCGUUGCAGACACGUCGCAACACUACUGCAGCGGCUCCUACACCAGAAUUAAAGUCUUCAUACGGUAACCUAUCAGAUUCCGACAGGAUUUUCACUAAUUUGUAUGGACGCCAUGACUGGCAACUGAAGGGUGCGUUAAAACGCGGUGAUUGGUACAAGACAAAAGAAAUCUUGAUAAAAGGUACAGAUUACAUUAUUAAUGAAGUUAAGACUUCCGGUUUAAGGGGACGUGGCGGUGCUGGUUUCCCAACUGGUAUGAAAUGGAGUUUUAUGAACAAACCGUCUGAUGGCCGCCCGAAGUAUUUGGUUGUUAAUGCAGAUGAAGGGGAACCUGGCACUUGCAAAGACCGUGAAAUCAUGAGACACGAUCCACAUAAAUUGAUUGAAGGAUGUUUGGUUGCUGGCCGAGCAAUGGGAGCUUGUGCUGCUUAUAUUUAUAUCCGUGGAGAGUUUUACAAUGAAGCUUCAAAUUUGCAACAAGCUAUUUGCGAAGCAUAUCAAGCUGGUCUUAUAGGAAAAAAUGCGUGCAACUCUGGCUAUGACUUUGAUGUAUUUGUACACAGAGGAGCUGGUGCUUACAUUUGUGGAGAAGAAACAGCCCUUAUUGAGUCACUUGAAGGCAAACAAGGUAAACCAAGGUUGAAGCCUCCUUUCCCAGCUGAUGUCGGAGUUUUCGGCUGUCCCACUACAGUAUCUAAUGUUGAAACAGUAGCUGUUGCACCUACCAUUUGCCGCCGCGGUGGUGCAUGGUUUUUGGGUCUUGGAAGACCUAGAAAUUCCGGAACUAAGCUCUUCAAUAUUUCUGGCCAUGUAAACAACCCAUGUACUGUCGAAGAAGAAAUGUCAAUUCCAUUAAAAGAACUGAUUGAACGACAUGCUGGUGGUAUUAUUGGUGGUUGGGAUAAUUUGUUGGCUGUAAUUCCUGGAGGUUCAUCAACACCACUUAUACCAAAACAUGUUUGUGAAACAGCAAUUAUGGACUUUGAUGGGUUGGUAGCAGCUCAAACUAGUUUAGGAACAGCAGCUUUGAUUGUAAUGAAUAAGCAAACUGAUAUUGUAAAAGCUAUUGCUCGUUUGAUUAUGUUCUAUAAACAUGAAUCAUGUGGACAGUGUACACCUUGUCGUGAAGGAAUCAAUUGGAUGAACAAAAUUAUGUAUAGGUUUGUUGACGGGCAAGCUCAAUCUUCAGAAAUUGACAUGUUGUGGGAAAUUAGUAAGCAAAUUGAAGGGCACACAAUUUGUGCUCUUGGAGAUGGUGCUGCAUGGCCUGUACAAGGGCUGAUUAGACAUUUUAGACCUGAACUUGAACAUAGAAUGAAGAAGUAUCAAGAGCAGAAUGAAAAACAAGCUUUAUCCAACUAAUAGUUUUUUCAAUAGUAUUUACCUAACAUCGGUCUAUAAAUAUUAUUCAAUUGUAAUUUUAUCAAAUUUGUUUUGAUAAGUUUAUUAGUUACUUAUAAAUAUAUAAAUAAUAAUAUUAAAAAAAAAUAUAUGUAUUAUUGAUAU